CAGCAGUCACCACCGCACUUACGCACACUGAAGAGAACUCAACACUGCUCAACAUUUACGAGUUAAUAACUCUCACCUCAUCAAAAACAAAUUGAUACAAAUCCAUCCCGGAAACUCAGGACUCAGGACAACCUGCUACAGACAGCAUGACCACUGCCCAUUCUGACAGCAGCUCCGUCAAAGAAGAGAAAUACACCGGUCGCAUCAUAGAGGAUUGCUAUGAGUUUUGUGGCCAUAAAUUAAAGAUCACUCGGAUGAUCGGUGCUAAUUUGCAGUUUUCGUCCACGAUUUGGGAAGCAGGUCUCAUCCUUUGUCGGUACUUUGAACAACAGAAGAUGAACUUCUCCGGGAAGAAGGUGAUUGAACUGGGCUCUGGCACUGGAAUUGUGGGCAUCUUAGCAGGCCUGCUGGGUGGAGAAAUGACACUAACCGAUCGAACUCGUACUUUGAUGCAAAUAGAAAAGAACAUCUCUGAUAACUUCCCUCCUGCUAUGAUGAAUCGUAUUAAAGUGGCCACUCUGAACUGGGGGGAAAAUCAGACUGAGUUUUCUACUAACUAUGAUUACAUUAUCGGCUCGGAUAUUGUGUACAGCCCUAGCAUAUACCCCUGUCUUAUCGCCACACUGAAGCAUCUCAGCAACUCAAACACCAUCAUAUUCAUUUCGACCAAAAUGCGCAGGGUGCUUGAUGCCAAUGAAUUUCAUGAAAAGAUGUUAACUCAGGAUUUCAACUCUGAGCUUGUGCUUAGAGAUGAAGAGGAUGACGUCAAUGUGUACAAAAUAACCAAAAAAUGUCCAGGUAGCAAUGCUCAGGCACAGUGUUAGGGAGUGACAUGUCUGUCAUUUAAUUUAGCUCCAGAUAGGUGAGUCUCAAAAUCAUUAGUCUUAGAAACUAGGCAGUUCAAAUGAUUUGUUAACAUUCUGGAAGCUAUAUUUCCCCAUCUUUCUCCUAUCUUGUCCUUAAGACUAGUCCAUGGGUACAGCUUUACCGGUGGCUCUCAGUCACCAUUGAUUCCAGUAUCUCCUUCAACGCCAGAAAUCAGAAAACCAAAGUAUUAAUGUGCUUUGAGCCAACAGCCAAUUGUGUUAUCCUUGUGUAUGUAGAAAGUAUGAAAUAAAAAAGUUGUUG